AUGGGCGGUAAAGGUAUUGGUGUGCGGGGGUGCGCCUCUCGCGCUCAUGUCAUGGUCAUCCAGUGUCACCCGCCACGGCGGCCUCCUCGUCUUGAACUUAUUCCGUCUUUCUCUCUCUUUCUCGAAGUGAACUGACUGACGUCGUCCUCGAUCAGGCCAGUACAAACAUGCCCGAGGGCUUGAGAAAAUGUUUGAGAAAAAAAAACUCGUUUUUUUUGUAGAUCAAAUCGGUUUCCAAAGAGCUCUACUUUAAACCCCAAGUGAAAUCGCUUGAUCACUUCAAAAGCUCUUUUGCAAAUCAGAAAAUGAAAAUAUUGUCUGAGAUUUCAUAACUUUGGGGGGAGUGGUUCUCAAGAAGAGCAUUUGGAAAGGCCUAGAUUAAAUUGAGACUUCAAGGUCGGCACACCGUAUGCGCCUUGUUGAGGCGAGGUGGAGAGAAAGCGAAGGGACCGAUUUUCAGUGGGAGAAUAGCCAGCCGAAAAACAAGUACACAUUACGAUUGGUUGAUUCCGAGCUUUGAGAGCAUCCGGAAAGAAUCAUCUUGGAAAUUUCACAAGAAAAAUCCGAAAAAAGUCAGAAAAUAAGCUCAUAGAGCUUGGAGCAGAACAUAAAAAGGACGCAAAAAACUAAAAAUCAUUUUUUGGUUUAGGUUCCAAAAACUCGUAGCUUUCAGAUGUUUCAAUAACCUACAAUUCCGCCCUUCCUAUCGAACAAAGAGACAGAAACUCAAAGAGAAGCAUCAUAAGAGCACAGAGACACAUGUCAAUGUUUAAUUUAUCGUUUAUGGGGCACAAAAUGGGUGAAUAAUUUUCAUUCAUCAAAGCUUUACAGCCCCAAACUUCUAGAAAAUAGCCAAAUGUGUUUCAGCGAUGAUCAAUGGAGCGCAAAAGAUUAGAUUUUCAAGUCAUUCGAUGUCAUAAUCCAGGAGCCAACGUCUGAAAGGUAGUCAAAACGUAUUUCGGAGAUGAUCAAUUUGAAAUUCUCAAUGGAGCGUAAAAGAUUAGAUUUUCAAGCCAUUCGAUGUCAUAAUCCAAGAGCCAGCGACUCAAUAAGAACCACCCUGCAGAACAACGUUAUCCAUUGAGCGCAAAAAAGACUUUUGAUGCUACAAUAUUCCAGAAAGCCUGUCGAGUCAGAUAAAACGUGGGGAUAAUGGGAAAGAAGCAUCAAUUGCAUAGACUCUUAAAUCGCCGCUGACUGUCGCUAUCUGCCUCUUGUCGCUUCGGCAAACAAUCGUCACGUGUAGUGUAGACUCAAGGGAACGGAAGAACCGACCGACCGACGGCCUGGCCAGUGUCUGUCUGUCGCCGCCGCCGAUAAUCAUCGAUUCUCGGACUUUUGUGUGUGUGCCCGUGAUCCGACCCUGCCAGGUCAUAACUAACCAAACUUUACACCAAUCGGGUUCAUUAAAUGGGAAAAAAAUCAGCAAAAUAACUGGGAAAAGAGUUCUGAAAAGCUUCCGUUUUUUAGCUCUAUACAUCUUUCUUUGAAAAUUAGUCGGCAGAUUACCCGAAUUCGAAGUAACUAACUAAGGACGUUUUUCCCCCCCCCCCCAAGGCUUCACCUUUUGCUGAAACUUUGCUGAAGUGUACUUUAGGACCCCCUGAUCCCAGAGCAGAAAGAAAAUUUCUCGCAAUGGAUCUCGUUUUUGAGUUAGGACACUUCAAAAGCCCGAAAUAGCGCUUUUUUGGCAUAAUUUGCGUAUUUUGCACACUUUGAAGCUCCAUAACUCGGAAACGAGAUCUAUUGCGAGGAAUUUUCUUUCAAAAACGAAAAAGAAAAACGUUCUCUAGUAAGAAAAAGGCCAGAAUGUGAGCUAUAGUUCAGAUGAAGAUCUAUUCAGAUCUCGAAAAUGUCUAGCCCAAAUGAAAAAGUUUCAAAAACUUUUUUUAAAAUCUCAUUCAGUAAAGUUCAAAGUGGAUCAAAAUGGGAAAAUUUGGGAACAAGGAAUAAAUUCCAACAUUAAAAUCGGCCAACGCAUGAGACUGUUCUGACAGUCAGAAGUAGUGGUGUCAACGAACAAGUCGGAGGGUCCAGAGAAGCUAGCCGGAUUGUCAAGAGAGCGCCGACGGCUAUUUCCCUCUCUCUAUGUCUCUCUAUUCGAAGAAAAGAGGUCGUCGACGUCGUUGGUGUUGGCGGAGGGACGGUGAAAAUCGAUUUCUCGGUCGGUCUGUGGGUCGAAACCCAUCGGACGGUCGGCUGUUUAGAUAACGGUUGAGUCCUCGUUUUCAGGGCCACAUGUUUCGAAUUCCCAUUUUCAAAGCUUCAUGUUGAAUUUGCAUUAUGAACCUAAGUCUAACACAAAAAAAAAAUUGAAGACCCCUUUAUGAAGCUUCGUAGGGAGGAAAGUUUCAAAAUUGCACAAAGACGUUGAAAAUGAUUUUAAAAGUUCAAGAAAGGCAAAAAAAUUACAAAGAUUUUUUCGAAUAUGAAGAAAAAGCUUUGUAUGAACAAUUAGGAAAUCAAAAAAAUCUUUUAAAUUUUUAAAAAAAGAUCAGACUUUUUUUGUUGGAUAAACGAUGAUUUUUUGAAAGUAUGAGAUCAAAUUAACAAAAAUGACACAUCCCACCCGGAUCAGCUGUCGGUCAUGAUGCAGCAACGUGUGUAAAAACCAGACUUUCAUCGAACUUUUGAUCUUUUUCCAAUACUCGAUUGACAGUGUAGGUGUUACAUAAUGAUGAUGAAACCAAAAGGAAUGUCAAAUAUCGAGAAAAGAGAACAAGGCUUUCAAACUUUAAGCUAAAUUCGGAUAGAGAUAGAUAGGCCUAGAUAAUUCCGCUAAGCUUCGCGUUAAUCCGCGGCUACUCAUGAUGACAUUAAGAAGAUGAGAUCGAUUUCCAGAGAAAAGCUGGAGGAAGGUAAAGUCGAUUCUUCCAUAUUCGAAUAACAUUGUUUGGUCGCAGAAGGAAUAGCUAAACGUGUCGCGGUCGCGUUGCGGUUGUCCGGCAUUUUUCAUGUUGAACAAUUCUCACAAGGAAGUUUAUUUUACUUUUUAGCUGGGAAUUUUUAGAAAAUGAGCCGGAAAAUUUCUUGACAAACAAAAAAAAACGACUUGAAAGUUUGAACCUGCACCACUUUCCCGUUUUAUUGAGAACUAAGGUCUUGAAGUCUGGAAAUGGUACUUUUAACUGAUGUCGUUGGUUUUAUUUGAUUCUAAGACUUGUUUUCUCGAAAACCAGAAAGUUGUGGAGAUUGGGACUUCCAGGACCAGAAUCUGGUACACAAAUUCUCAAAAAAUUCCAAACUGCUAAUUCAAAUCACCUUCUUUGUCAAAGACGUUGAAAAUGAUUUUCAGCACAGUCCGUAUAAACAAAAAAAGAGCAGCAACAAAUAAAAAAAACCGUUUUUCAAAAAAAAAGUUUUUUUAAUCAAAAAAAGCUCAAAACUUUUGCAAAAAAAAGGAAGGAGAAGAAAAAAUGGGCAUUUAGGGCAAAAUUUCAUUGAGGCGCAAAAGUCGACGCACUUCGAGCGCCGCCUUCUUUUCCUCAUCAUCAGAAGCGACGCGAGGAGACUUCAGCCCGGCCAAGCACCGAACUGGAUCCCCCACGACGCCAAGCCAAAACCCGCGGCUAUUCACUCGUUGUCAUCCUCCGUUUCCAUUCAAUUCUACCUUUUUUCUCCCUCUCUCUCUUCUUUGCCUGAGGGUAUUCAAUCUAUAGCAGUUGCAGCUGAUCUUCACAACAUUUCCGAUUUACCGAGAGAUGGCCUGAUCCAAUAUAUUUGAUUUUACCGGGCAAAAUAACAAAAUCCGUGAGUUGAGUAUCCUUUUUGGUACUCUCAAUUAUUCAUUUUCAACCGCAAGGCCCAUACAAAAAAAACCAUAUAAAUACGUUGGCGGGAAAGGAAAAUUUAAACGUGAAGGUGGGAAGAUUGGAGUUUUCAAACCUUGAUUUCAAGCCAAUACCAGAAUGCAAGCCAUAAACAAGAAGAAACAUCAGAAAAAUGACCUUGCUUUUCAAUUUCUACUCCCACCAACAAGCCGCGUCGCUACAAUAAAAAUCAACUACAAAAGGGCAAAAGAAACAAUUUUGCAGAAUUUCAAACAUUUUUCUAGAAAUCAAAAAAACGAAGCAUUACGACUUUUAAUUUCUAACUGUGAAAAACUCAAGUGGUCUCUUAAGAGGUUCCUCAAAGACAACUUGGAUAGGAAACUAAGGUGGCCACUGAAACAACUCUUAUGUAAGCCACUACCUCCCCUACAGUAGUUUUUGAAGGUUUAAGAGUGACACUUUUGAGUAAAAACUCCUUAAGAGGCUACUAAUGCGACUGCUCUAGUGGCCAAAAAAAGGCGAAAUUUUCCCAGUAAAGGCAAGUCGAUCGAGAGAAAUCAAAUUUUGACAGGAAUGAAAAAAAGCGAAACAGUUCAAACUUGAGGAAUAUCCUUUAAUUACGGACCUGGAUCCAUAAGAAACUAUUGCUUUCGAGGUCAAAUUGAAAAUUCAAAAGCCGUUAAAGAACCGAAAAGCGGGGUGGUGUCUCCAGCCGGCAUUGACCGCGUUGUGCUCCUCCAGGGUGGAGUCCACACGCUCGGAGCAGCAGCAGCAGCAGCCGCAGCAGCAGCAGAAGCACAUCAGACACACAUACACAAGCACUAG